AACACUCGACUCUCUCGUUUAGUUGAAAGCAAGAAAAGAAGAAAAUGGCAGAAGUGGCUCCAGCAGCUCCCGCUCCGGCCAAAGCAGCCAAGAAGAAGAGCACGAAGCCGAAGAAGGUCGGUCCCAGCGUCAGCGAGCAGAUCGUGAAAGCUGUGGCCGCUUCCAAGGAACGCAGCGGCGUGUCUGCUGCCGCCCUCAAAAAGGCUCUGGCUGCCGGAGGAUACGAUGUGGACAAGAACAAAGCCCGCGUCAAGACCGCCAUCAAGAGCCUGGUGGCCAAGGGGACCCUGGUCCAAACCAAGGGAACCGGCGCCUCUGGAUCUUUCAAGAUGAGCAAACAGGCUGACACCAAGAAGCCCGCCAAGAAAGCCGCUCCGAAAGCUAAAAAGCCCGCCGCCAAGAAACCCGCCGCGGCCAAAAAGCCCAAGAAGGUGGCUGCAGCCAAGAAGCCCGCAGCUGCAAAGAAGUCUCCCAAGAAGGUGAAGAAGCCCGCCGCGGUCAAGAAGGCAGCAAAAAGCCCCAAGAAGGCUGCCAAGAGCCCCAAGAAGGUGGUGAAGAAGGCCCCCGCAGCCAAGAAAGCUCCAGCAAAGAAGGCAGCCAAGCCCAAAGCUAAGAAGGCAGCUCCCAAGAAGAAGUGAACUCUGCUGCAUUGAACUCAAAGGCUCUUUUAAGAGCCACACAUCCUCUAAACAGCUGCAUCCUAUUUAA